AUGGAUACCGUUUCUCUACAACGCAUGUGCGAUUCCCUGUCUUCGCCGACACCACCACGCGACCAGAACGAGAUCAUCUCCGAGUCUAUCGAACCUUCGGGGAAUGUCCAAGUGUCUGACAGCCCUGAUAUUGGAGACGAGGAUUGUACCAUUGACCGAGUAGACGGCACGACAGUCCAUUACUCAGGCGAGUUCUCCCAUUGGAACUUUUCCAUGCACAUCAAGCGCAAUAUAGACGAACUUAUGGCCAAAGCCAAUGUUCAGAAUUUAGAAAACGUAACGCGAGUACCGGAUUUCAUUCGCGUUGGUGAGGCAGAUCCAACUUCAACUUCCAUCUCGGACAUCCUUGCUGUUAUGCCACCCCGUCCUGUUGCCACCUUCUUGACCAAUGUCUUCUUCAAUCAUGCCACCAGCGUCUACUACUAUGUAGACCGAUGCUGGUUUGAUGAAACCCUAGACAACAUAUACACUAAACCCGUUUCGCUACGCUCCAAGGAUGUUACUGCAAUAUGUGUAGUACUGAUGGUGCUAGCUGUCGGAACCCAAUAUGUCCAUUUAGAAUCGCCAGAUCGUCAUAAGACUUCCAGCACGGGCACUGCAACAGACUCUGAAGUUCAAAGCAGUUGGGAGCUCGAAAUUGGAUCCGGCUUUUACCGUCAAGUGGCAAAGCUACUUUCGGAAGUCAUCCAUGCUGGUUCGCUGCUCAGCGUCCAGGUACUCUUGCUUCUCGGCCUAUAUUCCUUACCCAUUGAUGCAUCUGGGCUGAGUUACAUCUAUCUAAACUUAGCUAUCAAGGUGGCCAUACAGAACGGAAUGCAUCGAAAGGUUUCGCGCAACGUCCUCGACCCGAGAACCAAGGAGAUCAGGCGUCGUAUUUGGUGGACAGUGUACUGCAUGGAAAGAAAGAUUGGUAUAUACCACGGCCGCCCGAUAUCCAUAGUACAAUCCGAUAUCGAUGCAGACCUACCUCAGAGCUCUGAAGCACACCUUAUGAACGAUGACUCUUUCUAUCCUCAAGGUCUCUUGGAAUCAAUCAAGCUCACAAGGCAUGCUGAAGCAUUCCUCCACGAAAUAUCAUGUCUCCGAAAAUGUGCAAACGCCGAAGUCGGGGCGAUCCUGAACCGUAUCAAGCGCAUGAAGGCAGAUUUGCGAGGGCCUUGGUCACCUCCUCAUGGGGGUGCAUUAUUGCCAACCCCAUACCACCAGAAAGAGCUACCAAAAAACCGCGCGUUAAUUCAUACUCGACUGGAGUGUUGCCUGUUGCACAUGUUCAUCGGACGACCCUUCAUCCUUGCGCACCGUCACGCGCGGACCAAUGACGGCAAUGCCGCAUCCCCAGAAGUACGCCGGAGGAAAGCAGCAGAGUCCCACUCACAGUGGGACUUCUUGGUCCAUGACUGCGUUGCGGCUGCGAAGGAAGUUAUCAGUAUAUGCCAAAUCAUGCAGACGGGCAAUAUGGGCCUUGCAAAGUCGUCCUAUGCCGAGUAUAGUUCCUGCCGCGCGUCCUUGCUGGUCUUGAUCGCCUAUAGCAUAUGUUACCGUACGAACGAGUUCGCAAGCACCCUACAAGUAGGUCUGCAAGCGAUAAGAGAAAUGGCUUCUGCGGGCGAUUCUGCGCGUUCAGAAGUGUCGCUCCUAGAGACACUGGAAGCGGCGCUGCAUCGACUUAACGUGUUCAAUCCAUUACCAAGUAAACCUGUGGCCACGGAAGCCAACGAUCCGGCUGAAGAGGGCUACAACGGUCUUCUCAACUGGUACAAGAAAGCGGAAAGGUCCCCGAACCCUCGUUUUGGGUCUUUAGCAUCCGAACAUGCAAAUGCACAAGCAGCGACGGUGCAAGGCCCAAGGGUGACACCAAACAGAGCCGAUGCAACAGUGGAUAGCAUGCCAAGCGACAUAUCUCUUGAUGGAUAUCCGUUCGAUUUCGAUCUACUCAACUCGGAUGGAAGCGUGGCGUUCUUCACCUCGAACUUUGAUGACCAUGGUAACACAGAGAGGGAGUUCUUCGAGAGCCUUUCAUGGCUACCGAAAUGA